AUGUGCCAGAAUGGGAAAGAUAGUCCGCUGGAUCUUGAUAUAGCCAGAGAGAUUAAAGUUAAACGGUCACUAAAUUUGGAAAAAAAGGAAGAUGAAGCAACACCUUGCAAGAAGAACCACAAGGUUUCCAUUGAAAGAUUUUCCCCAGUUACUGGAACUCAGUGUCUUAGCCCUUUUACCCCCAGGGGCACACAUUGUAGAGCAAGAUCUGAUGUUGCUGAAUCAAAUGUGGAAAAGUCUAAAACUUCCACAAGAGGGCAUCUGUAUGCAGCCCAGAUAGAGCUAAAUGCUUUGAGGUCAAAAGUGGAGAAGUCUGUCUUGGUUAUCAAAGCAACCAGGGAGAAGUUGAGUGCUCUGCAGGCUUUAGAGGGCAGAAAAGAGUUUGAAUAUUUCCUUGGUGCCUGUAACAAGUCAGGGGAUCUGACUGCUGAGCUCCGAAAAAAUAGAGAACUCAUGGAAAGAAGAAGCAACCAAGCUGCUAAAGUUCAGUAGAACUGAAUAUGCAACUCUUCUUAAACUGUUGGCUUUUCAUUGUAUAAAUCAAGGCUACAUAGGUGCCUUGAUAAUUUUCUUUUUUUGGUAGUCUUUCUGUUAAAUGUAAUACAAUAAUAUAAAUUUCAAAUAUGUUGUCUGAAAUUAAUUCUUGAAAGAAAAUCUUCCAUUCUUUUUAAUUUCUUUAAAGCAAAUAUUCAGUGGUCUAAUAUUAACCUCCUAACUCCCCAAAGCCUGUUCACUAUGUAUAAGGCACAAAUGUAAUGUGUGAUGGCAUAUUCUCCAUUUGCCUGGAUGAGUGCAGCUCCAAAAACACUCAAAGGCUUGACAAAGCAGUCUUCUGGAUUGCCAUCUCGCUCACUAUCUUAAAUGUUCACUCUCCCAAUCAACACAAUGACAGGAAUGUAAUAUGUCCCGUCUACGAGAUGCACUAAAUCAACUCACCGAGACGACUUCAAAAACAGCUUCCAAACUGCCAGGAAGGACCUGGACGUCGGGUGUGUGAGAACGCCACAACCUGCAAGUUUCCCACCAGAUCUCUCACCAUCAUUACUUGAAAAUAUGACACCCAUUCUUCAUGCUGCUAGACCAAAAUUCUGGAACUCCUAUCGAACAGCACUAUGGGGUGUGUCUACAACACAUACACUGCAGCAGUUCAAGAAGAAAACUCACUACCACCUUCUCGAGUAAAUUAGGGGUAGGCAAUAAAUAUAUUUAUAAAACAAACUCAUUUGCAAAAAUCAAAUUUUGACUAC